CUAGGGAGGGUUGUCAUUGUGAGGUUUAGGGUUAGCAUCAUGAUGAACUUGCGCCGUACGGCAGUAUGUUCUCUUCAUUUCUGGAAGAGACAGAUGAUGAUUGCUACACCACCGCCGUUGACGAGAAGGGUUAUGUUUUCGACCGGUGAUGGAUGUUCCCGUCCUACAGGGAAGGCGGAGAUGUUGCGUCUUAUGACCCAUAUGUACUUACAUCAAAUCAAGAUGCAGAAAGAGAAGCGUGGUGAUGGAUUCACUAAUCCGUAUCUCGCGAAGUGGGCCAAGCAUCUUACCGACGAAGGGAACAAUGAAUCAGCUCUAGAGGUCUACGAGUGGAUGGCGAAUAAUAAGAUGGAGUUUUCUCCGUCCGUGCUUGCAAAUGCUGUGGAACUACUUCGUGAGACUAGAGACCAAGCUGCUGCUGAAGCCUUCUUCAACAAAAUAGAUCCAGGCUUCACCUCCACCGACCCUUUUGCCAAGAAUUGGCCUGCUUACAGAAAGAUCAAGCGUGUCCAUAUCCCCAAUACGCUCACAGCUCGUAAAAGGCUACUUGUCCGUUACUUUGACCUUGGACGGUUUUAA